GGUCAAUGCAGGGAUAACGUUACAAAGAGAUGUAGAGAAGUCAUAUCUUUUAUUAAGUUACACGUUUUUGACGCGUUUUUAAUUUGUUGUUUUUUUAUCUUCAACUUUGGUGUAAAAACGUGCUUUUGACUGUUUCUUCAUCUUACGUCGAGCAGGACUGUCGAAAGUGACGAAACAAUGAAAUACAUAAUAGGAAUUGGCGGAGUCACUAAUGGUGGCAAAACCACACUGACAAAUAAAUUGAUCAAGACUUUGCCCAACUGCUGUGUUGUGCACCAAGAUGACUUUUUCAAGAAACCUGAUCAGAUAGAAGUCGGGGAGGACGGCUUUAGACAAUGGGAUGUGAUCACAGCUAUGGAUAUGGAGGCCAUGACCAACACAGUAAAAGCCUGGAUCGAGAACCCAGUGAAGUUCGCCCGUUCUCACGGCGUCACUUUGUCCCCUGCAUCUGACGUGACCAACCCUGAUGACCAGAUCCACAUCCUGAUCGUGGAGGGCUUCCUGCUCUACAACUAUCCGCCCCUGCUGGAUGUUUUCGACAAGUGUUAUUACAUCACGAUUCCCUAUGAGGAGUGCAAGAGAAGGAGAAGUACAAGACAGUACACUGUCCCCGACCCUCCCGGCCUGUUUGAUGGUCACGUGUGGCCGAUGUACCUGAAACACAGGAGCGCAAUGGAGGACUGCAGCUUGAAUAUUGUGUACCUGGAUGGUUUGAAACCCAAAGAGGAGAUCUACAACCAGGUGUAUGAGGACAUUCAGAACAAUCUGCUCAAUCGUUUAUAGCAGGAAGACUCCUCUCCAUCCCUGUACAUAAUUUGUAAAUAGUCCAAGGAUUUUUUUAUUUUAUUUUUUUUAAAUGAAGCUUUUGUAAUUUUAUUCUUUGUAUAUGCAACAAAGCAAUGUUAACUUAUCAUUGUCUUUUUAUUUUAUUUUUUUUAAUCAUCUUGAGAUGAUGAAUGUUUGUUUUCUUUUUUUUUUUAAGUGAUUGUUGAACAUAUCAUUAGUAUGUUACUGUUAUGUUAAACCACUGACUUGUACUGGACCAUUUUUUGCGUUCUCCUACAAAUAAAUGUGUUGUUUUUUUUUUAUUAUAGCUGUUUAUAUACAGUACAGCAAGAAUCUCUUUGUUUUUUGUCAUUACAUAUAAAUGUACAUACAUGCAUGCAUAAAGAGCUACAUGUGGCCUUUUAUUUAAUAAUUGUAAUUGUCGUUGAAAUGAUAUUCCUGGUGAGUGGUUGAGCAAAGAAUUGAGUUACAACCAAGUGUUGUCUUUGAAGAAUUUAUUUAACAAAAGAGAAUAAACAGAAGUACUGAAACAAAUAUACAGCUGGUCCAGAGACCUGCCACCUAGGGCGGCUUCGGGUGUCUGGUCCCGAGCAAAGGGAUGCAUAAUCAUUCACAGAGUCUAGGUUUCUAUGUUUUGGGGAACAGAGAUUCUCUUUUGGCCUUGAAUGAAUAUGCCAGGAGAGGAACAACAAGGGGGGGGUUACUAAACACUAGUAAAUGUGGACAGACAUAAGGAGUAUAGGAAAGGUUAAGGAUAAACACUAUAUAUAAUCAAGUUAGUUUAUGAUACAACACAAGAUUGUUAAAUGUAGGCCAAUAUUAAUGGUAAAAUGGUGUGUAUGUGUGUGUAUAUCCUCACAUUUGGGAAAACUGUCCAUUUUGAUUGGUGCUCAAACACAGCUGUUUCUUCUACAGCCUAUAGCUUUUAAUGCCUGUAACAUGACUUUACAACACUGAUCAUCACUUGUUACACCUGCACCUUGGUAAAGAUUCAUCUUGCUCCAGGUGCUGAUACCAGUGGAUGAAUGCAAAUAAUUAAAAGAAAAACAACCUGA